AUGCAAGUCCCAGCCCUCAACAGCCGCCUGGAUUUACUUGUGUACAUCAUACAGCGUGACGCACAGUCGAUAUCAGACGAUCUAUUCGAGACGUUGUGGUGCGCUAUCCUGGGUCGAGGUGCUCUCAACAAUAUGCUUCGAGAUCUGGCCUGGCGAAAGUUCUGCGAACUUGCAAAGUUUGACUCGGAAAAUAUGUUCUUGAAAAAGCUUCUUGAGCAUUUCGUACCGAAGCUCGAACCUGUCUAUUUCACGACUUGCUUCUUCGACUUUGUCACACAUAUCACCGAAUUCGCCUGGAAAAAGUUUAUGAAUGAAUGGCGUCCAGGGGCGGUAGUUGAGAUCCCAAAUGCGAGCCUAUUAUGGCGACUGAUAGUGACCGCUCCAAACGGUACCAUCGAAACCUCAACAUCCAAAAUUCUGGCCGGUCGUUAUAUUGAGAUACUCAAAGCGCCGAGCGUGACCUUGGAGGCUGUGGAGGAUUCCCACGUAGCUCUCGCCAAUGAGUGUUUGGAUCGUCUAGGUCCGGCCUUUGCUGCUAUCAGAGAAAAAGGAGAGAGCAUGCUUUUUGCCGCUGUUGAAUCUGUGGUCAUUGUAGACCCGCACGGGCAUAAUGACGCGGCUCAGAUUUUUCCGGCCGCUAGACCAUUUGCUGCCAGAUACAAUUGCCGUGCUCUGGGUACUUGCUUGCAGUCUCAAUUUAAGCAAGGCACGGUCGAAAAAGACUACGUCAAGGCUACGAUCAAGAUACUAAGCCACACCCUGGUCCACAACCCACUCAUCGACCGCACAUUCAAGCAACAAGGUGCCCCGUCCACAGUGGCUUUAUUCCUCGAAACGACUCUUAUGUUCAUGAAGCAACGGCCGUUUGAUGGCGAGCCAGUGGAUUAUUUCGGUGAUGAAGCCGCGUUCGUGGCAGGUUUGGUUGAGUUGAUCAAGUCCGCACUUUCCCUGCCAACUGAGGUCAGGCUUGUAUGCUGGUGUCUCAGUACAAUCUUGGAGGCUUGCUUGCACAGCAUCAAAGUCUGGAACACAUUUACGGAUGCCGCAAACAUCUCGGCUCUUUUGCGGCAGCUGCUAUUGGAAGAUACGCGGAUCGCUGUACGAAUGGAGUGUGGGAGGGCCAUCGAAAGUGUGUGCACCGAGUCCUCCGUAGCCCAAUCGAUAUCAACGUCGGAGAUAAUCAAGGUGAUCUGGCAGACUUUAUCCGGUAUUGUCUCAGACAGCGAGGUGUAUCCUAAGCAAAGUGGUCAGCUAUUCAUGAUCGCAGAUAUUGUCUUCCGAAAAUACGAUGAGCAGACUCGGGACGAGGCAGAGCUCAAGUCACUGUUUGAAAAGUGGUCACUUCGUCUGCUCAAUUACGAACAUAAAGAGAUAGUCGGAAGGUUCGAGGUUGAUCAUAUCGUUGCUGGGUAUACGAAGCUACUUUCAGCGUGUGCGCUUUCUUUAAAGUCGUACAAAAAGCCACUGGAGGCCCAUGAUUUGAUCGAUCAGCUGUUCAGCAAGUUUCUGUUCAUCCGUCAUGGUUUCGACGUGUUAGAAACCUACAGGUUGCCUGUUAUGGAUACGGAGACGCGGAAAGGGCUGUAUGACUUGAUUCUAAUACUUUGUGAAGACUCCGAAGCAUGCGAACAAAUCUAUACCGAUUUACUACCUCAUACCCUUGAUUCGGAGCCCGUUCUGGAUAGGAGAAGCUACAUGUUCGACCGGGACGAUGAGAUUCGCUCAUGCACAGGCUACGUGGGGGUCUACAACCCUCGCAACAUAUGUUACAUGAACUCUCUUAUGACUCAGCUUUUCAUGAAUCGAGAAUUUCGCAGAUUCAUGCUCAACAUGCAUAUCACCGAAUCCACAGGCUCGCAGCGCCUGCUCGCUGAGACUCAAAAGCUCUUUGCUCACUUACAAAACAGCUAUGCGAAAGCAGCAGACCCAAGGGACUUCGCAGCGUGUGUCCGUGGCAUCGAUGGUGAAUCAAUUGACAUCACCGUCCAGAUGGACGCAGACGAGUUUUAUAACCUCUUGUUUGAUCAAUGGGAGCAACAAAUGCUUUCCAAUAAUGCGAAACAGCACUUCCGAUCUUUCUAUGGCGGCAAGACCGUAACUCAAAUCAAGUCACACGAGUGCGAGCACGUAUCAGAAAGAGAAGAAAGCUUCUUUGUUGUUCAAUGCGACGUCAAAGGGAAGCCAAACUUGAUGGACAGCCUACAAUCUUACGUCCAAGGCGACGUCAUGGAAGGCGACAACAAAUACAAGUGUGAAAAGUGCGGUGGCAAGUUCGUUGACGCUGUCAAAAGAACCUGUCUCAAGGAAGUUCCAGACAAUCUCAUCCUGCACCUGAAGCGAUUUGACUUCGACUUGACAAACAUGACCAGGGCCAAGAUCGAUGAUCUCUUUGAGUUCCCCGACAAGCUUGAUGUCAGCCCUUACAAUGUCAAGCAUCUGUCGCAUCCUGAUGUACCGACAACGCCCGAUGUUUUUGAGCUCGUGGGAGUCCUGAUUCACCAAGGCACGGCGGAAGGUGGCCACUAUUAUUCCUUAAUCCGAGAGCGUCCUUCUGGGUCUUCUGGCCCGCCGACCUGGCUGGAAUUUAAUGAUAGGGAUGUCACGGAGUUGCAAGCGCAAAUGAUAUCAUCCAUGGGAUUUGGUGGAUUUUCUGAAGAGGCCUACACACAGAAUCAGUCCGGGCCUCGAUGCAAGCAAUUCAGUGCUUACAUGCUAUUCUACCAACGCACAAGCACCAUCGUUGCUGAACAGAAAGCACUGCGGGCUUCGGCCAGUGGUCCACAAAAAGUCCCAAUACCCCCUACGCUCGAGGAAGAUAUUGCUGCAGACAAUGAGAGUGUCGUGCGAAUCCAUGGCGUGUUCGACCCUAAUCACGCAAAAUUUAUCAAACAAUUGUUCCAUCAUCAGCGAAACGUUCUAUACGCCGGCGGGUGCUCGGAGAAUCAUGGGAUGGAGAAGGCUGCCUUGUUUGUCACCAUUCAGUACGUCAGACAAGUUGUUGCCAGGAACAGGGAUCUCCCAGAACUGGACGAAAUCGGCAAGCUUCUCCGAGAGUCUAUCAAUGGCUGUAUCAGGUGCUGCGCCAAUCUGCUCCAGGCAUUGGUCUACGAGAACACCAUACAUGACUUGUUGUUCAGAUGCCCUUAUCCGAAAGUUCGUACGAAAACACGUCUGCUCCUUCUUGAAGCCUUGAAGAUCUUGCGCACGCAAGACCGUGACUUAUACGGCCUCAAAUUCAGUGACGGAUAUCUCAAAAUCGAAAAUGUCGGUCUGAUAGGCAAUGUUGUUGCCAGGCUUGUCAAUAUCAUUCACUACCAGCUGUUGAACAGUACACGGGGCUGGGACGACAUCUUUGGAACGAUUCUCGAACUGUGUGUUGGAGAAGAUCGUUUCGGUGAGAGAGCUUUGAUCCUUACUGAAGGUGUCCUCCUUCUCGGCCUGGAGAUCCUGGCUGGUAGCGUGAGCAAAAGAGCACAGCAACGUUGGGACGGGAUCGCCACUGUUCUGGAGAAGAAGCGCAAUAUUUACAACAAGCUGAUUGAGCUGGUCCACGAACUUCUCACUGCGAUUAAUCUCCGAGCCGCCAUCAUACCAGACAAGGAGCGAGACAUAGCCUCGUACGACUCAUCGACUAUGCGAUUCCCUCUUUCGAAAUCAGAACUCACCCACCUGAGUCACUACCAUGAUGAUGAUAGCGUGCUUACGGUCCUGGGCAAAGCGCUGGAUUUGUGGGAUAGAUCAAAGGAGCGCGACCAAACGGAUUUCGCUCCCGGCAAACUCCUCUCCAUGUUCUUGGAGGCCCAUCCCCCUUUCGGCAGGCUUGAUCAUCUGCACAAGUCCAUUCUUGUCAAUGUCUGCGAUCUCAACUGGCCCUUCUCUGAGCCAUAUAUCAGAGCUGCGGUCUGGUACUGUCAGAGCUGCCACCGCUCUAACCUGAUCAACGAAUUGAUGAGACUUGUGGCAGAGAGUGUCUCAACGCAGCAACCGUGUGUUGGCAUGGCCUAUGUCUCAUUUUUCGCGGAUCUUCUCGAGAUCCAAAAUGAGCGAUUGUACGAUGACACCGAUCCAGACUUCUUCUAUCAGCGCGUGAUCCGGCUGAUUCCGCUCUGGGGCCCUGGCUUCCUACUUCAUGACGAAGAAUGGGUUCGAAAGCGCGCUCGAACACUUCUGAGCGUGAUCUUCAAUAUACCCAUCUCUGAACGAACCAGGAGAUCAAACGAGCUCAAAUACAAGGCCCUCCGAGAUUUGAUCAGAGUGUUGAUCCGCAAACUCGGCCUCGAGACGCGAAACGGCGCUUCGCGGAAUGCAAUGUAUGAAUUUCAGCAGACCUUGAGCGAAUGUAUAGAGACUCUCGACAGCCUUGCUGGCUCGGACGAGCCUGAUGCCGAGCAGUACCAGGAAGUAGACGAUCGAAACUCAAUCUUCCAAUGGCAAAAUCAAAUCGAUCAGAUCCUGGCGGUAUGGCCAGUCGAAGAAGACGACACCUUAGUUUCUGGCAAUGCCUUCGAAAACUCUGAUUUCGGCAGCGAGUCUGACUUUGCAGAUGAUAUACCAUAA